CUCCAGAGUGUCAGCUAGUUAUUUGUGGGGAGGCGCUGUAGCCAUUUCGCCACAUGAAAGCCCGAUGAGCUGAACGAGCAACAUCCGAGUUGUUCGUGGAGAAGCAGAAAUCAGCUUUGAGGAGCUCUGCGCGCACACACGUACGCGAACUUUGCGCGCAGAAGACGCACAGCGCUCACACACACACACACUUCCUCUCUAUCCACCGUGGAAAAAGAGAGAGAGAGAAAGAGAGAGAGAGGGGGAAUAGAGAGAAGACGCACGAAACUUCCAACUCUCCCAUGUGAAAAAGAGAGGUUUGAAGAUAAGGUGUAUUUUUCCCCCUCGGACCUCCUUUCCUUCCCCUUUCCUCUCUCUCUCUCUUUCUCUCUCUCUCAGUUCUUUUGCCGGGAUAUUUGUGUUUCUAUGAGAGCCUCUUUCGGCGAGAAGAGAAGUUUGGUUGUUUGCCUGGUCGGCUGAGGAGGAGGAGGAGGAGAAGAGUCUGUUUAAAAGAUGGUCCACAACGCCGCUUGGAGAAGAGGCUUGCUAUGCGUCCUGGCGCUCUACCUCGGCUUUGCGUCCCCGCCGUGCAAAGCUCGGAUUUACACCAACCAUUGGGCAGUCAGGAUAGCCGGGGGACCCGAGUUGGCUGACCGGAUAGCGGAAAAAUACGGCUAUAGAAACAUGGGACAGAUUGGGGAUCUUAGAGACCACUAUCACUUCUUCCAUAGUCGGACUAUUAAGAGGUCGACUUUGUCCAGCCGUGGUCGCCAUAGUUUCAUUUCCAUGGAGCCUAAGGUGGAGUGGAUACAGCAGCAGGUGGUGAAAAGGAGGAUCAAGAGGGAUUUCAAACAGGCCCCGCUCCUUUCGCUGUCAAGCCCCGCCCACAGCAGCCCAGCCCAAAACAACAUAUUCUAUAAUGACGCCAAGUGGAACAGUAUGUGGUAUAUUCACUGCAACGAUGACGUCCAUAAUUGCCAGUCGGAUAUGAACAUCAUGGGAGCGUGGAAGAGGGGCUACACGGGUAAAGACGUGGUGGUGACCAUAUUAGAUGACGGGAUCGAGAGGAACCACCCAGACCUCUAUCAGAACUACGACCCUCAGGCAAGCUAUGAUGUCAACAGCAACGAUGUGGAUCCCAUGCCUCGAUAUGAUGCGACCAACGAGAACAAACACGGCACACGGUGUGCGGGUGAAGUUGCUGCAGCUGCAAACAACUCCCACUGCAUUGUGGGAAUUGCCUACAAUGCCAGAAUAGGAGGUGUGCGAAUGCUGGAUGGAGAUGUAACGGACAUGGUGGAGGCCAGAUCUCUUAGCUUGAACCCACAGCACAUCGACAUCUAUAGUGCCAGCUGGGGACCCGAUGAUGACGGAAAGACCGUGGAUGGACCAGCAACUCUGGCCAGGCAGGCCUUUGACAAUGGCAUCCGCACGGGGAGAAAGGGCCGCGGCUCCAUCUUUGUAUGGGCUUCAGGAAACGGCGGGCGCAGCAGAGACCACUGCUCCUGCGACGGCUACACCAAUUCCAUCUACACCAUCUCCAUCUCCAGCACGGCUGAGAGCGGACGCAAGCCCUGGUACCUGGAGGAGUGCUCGUCUACACUGACCACCACUUAUAGCAGCGGGGAGAACUACGACCGAAAGAUUAUCACAACAGACCUGAGGCAUCGGUGUACAGACAGUCACACAGGGACGUCAGCCUCGGCUCCCAUGGCUGCCGCGAUAAUUGCUUUGGCCCUGGAGGCAAAUCCUCUGCUAUCAUGGAGAGACGUUCAGCAUAUCAUUGUGAAAACCUCUAGAGCCGGACACCUCAGCGCUCCUGACUGGAAGACGAAUGCUGCUGGUUACAAUGUCAGCCACCUGUAUGGUUUCGGCCUGAUGGAUGCCGAGGCGAUGGUGAAGGAGGCGGAGCGAUGGAAGCAAGUUCCCACUCAACAUGUUUGUGUGGAGAGUGCAGACCGACAAAUCAGAACCAUCCGUCCAGAGCACGUGGUUCGGUCCGUGUACAAGGCGACAGGAUGCACUGACAACCCCAACCAUCACGUGAUCUACCUGGAGCAUGUGGUCGUACGCAUAACGAUUACACACCCUCGCCGUGGGGACCUGUCAAUCAACCUGACUUCACCCUCAGGGACAAAGUCUCAGCUGCUUGCCAACAGGUUGUUUGAUCACUCCAUGGAGGGUUUUAAGAACUGGGAGUUUAUGACCACCCACUGCUGGGGAGAGAAGGCAGCUGGCGACUGGGUCCUAGAGAUCUAUGACUCACCUUCACAACUUCGCAGCCAGAAAGUGCCUGGCAAGCUAAAGGAGUGGUCACUGGUGCUGUAUGGCACCUCUGUGCACCCGUACUCAACUGGGCACAUAGAUAAGCCUCAGUUUCCAGAUGAUGAGGAAUUCCCAGAGGAGUACCCUGGCCCCUGUGACUCUGAAUGCAGUGAGAAUGGCUGUUGGGGUCCUGGACCCCACCACUGCAUUAACUGCCUUCAUUACUUCCUCAAGUUCAAGAACAACACCAGGAUGUGUGUAUCAGAGUGCCCCAGUGGAUUUUUCCGUGAUGAUAGGAAACGUUGCAAGAAGUGCUCCUCCUCUUGUGAGACCUGUGUUGGUAGUCGUAGUGACCAGUGCACCACAUGCAGGAGUGGUUUUAACCUCAUCGAGGGCUCCCACACGUGCGUCGCCAACUGUCCUGACGGCUUCUACCUCGAUAGCGAUUCCAACAUUUUUAGGCGAUGUCAGGAGAACUGUAAGAAGUGUACAGCCUCCAAUAUCUGCACAGAAUGUAAACCUGGGAUGAGCCUUCAGGCAAACAAGUGUCAGAUGACCUGUGACCCCGGGACUUACUACAACGGCCAUAGAAGGACCUGCGAACCAUGUCAUCGGGCCUGUGCCACCUGCGCAGGCACAGGAGUCGAGGCGUGCACAAAGUGUGCGGACGGCUACUUACUUGAGGAUUGGCGGUGUGUUUUAACAUGCAGUCCUAGCUACUACCUGUCAGAGCAGACCUCAGACAACGGGCAGGUGCAGAGGUCCUGUAAGAAGUGUGACAGUAGCUGCUAUGAGUGCUUGGGGCCCGGGGAAAGAAACUGCAGCAGCUGCAACAGUGGUUACAAUCUGGAGGCAGGAGCCUGCGUGGUGAGCACCAUCUGCAAAGAUGAAGAGUACUUGAGUAAACACAACAAGUUCCACCCGUGUGAUCCUUCCUGUCUGCGGUGCAAGGGUCCAGAGAGAGAUGACUGCACCAGCUGCCCUGCAACACGGUUCUUUGAUGAAGGACGCUGUGACACCCGCUGUCAGAAGGGCCGUUAUGCCGUGGGAAGACAAUGCCGCCUUUGUCACCACACCUGUCAGGAGUGUACCGAUGAGGGAGCUCAUAGCUGCACCACCUGUGACACAGAUAUAUUUGGCGUGGCCAGGUACCUCUUUCAGGGUCAGUGCCUGGAUGUCUGCCCAGAGGGGUUGUUCCAGUUUGAAGGCUCAGAAGGGAGACGCUGUGACAUGUGUCCGGCACACUGCAUCAUCUGCACUGAAACAGAUCGCUGCCUCCAAUGCAGCCCAGGACACAAGCUCAGAAAUGGCCACUGCAUCCCACUGCAUUGCAGCACAGGUGAAGCCUCGGAUGCAGAGGAUGAAAAGUGUCUUCUCUGUGAUGACGGCUGCGCACAGUGUAAACACAAUGAUUUGGGAGAUCAGGAGCAGGAAACUGUUUGCCUUAAAUGUGAAGAAGGUUACUACCAAUUAGGAAGCGAGUGCCAUCGGUCAUGUCCUUAUCGGACCUACAGUGUGGAAGAUGCCAUGGCGUGCGCUCCAUGUGAAGAUAAGCAAUGUGUAAUCUGUGACCAGUCCCAGUGCUACUGGUGUGAAGACGGAUUUUAUGUCUCCGAUGGCGAGUGUGUGGAUCGUUGUGAAGAAGGUUCCUUUGUGAAUGAAAAAAGCCGGCAGUGCGAGCCUUGUCACCGCAGCUGUCGUAGCUGCAGAGGGCCACGAUACAAUGGCUGUGACUCCUGCGAGGACGGGUUUAUGCUGAGGAACGGAGAGUGUUUAGAGGGAAGCCAGCGUGCCUCUUCCCUUGAGAAACACUUCAAAAAAACUCAGUACAAACGUGAGACGUGCCACUCCUCCUGUAAGACUUGCCUUGGUGGAGGGAAGGAGAACUGCACCACCUGCCACCCAGACCAUUUUUUGACUGCUCGACACACUUGCGUGGCUCACUGUCCUUCUGGCAUGUUUGCCAACGUGGAGUCUGGCCAGUGUGAGGAGUGCUCAGAAGGCUGUGUCAUGUGCCAGACUGCCAAUUUGUGCCAGCAGUGUCACAGUGGACUUUAUAUGGAAAACAGGAAGUGUGUGGUGGAGUGUCAGAGAGGGAUUCCUAAAGAUCUCAAAUGCCUGCCAUGUAGCACAGGGUGUGGAUCCUGUGUGAAAAGUAUCUUUCACUGUCUGAGCUGUGAGAGGCCGUACUUGCUGCUCAACAACUCCUGCGUGCUCCAAUGUCCUGAGGGUUAUUAUGCCAAUGAUACAGAAUGCUAUCACUGUCCAGCUCACUGCACUGAGUGCAAUCAGUAUGGCCUGUGCAAGAACUGUGCACCUUACUACUUUCUCCAUGAUGAUCAGUGUGUGGGUGAUUGUCCUGAUGGCUACUUUGCCAGUAUGAGCCAGCAGGAGUGUGUGCGUUGUCAUGAUGAUUGUGCUUUGUGUGAUGGACCCGACAUAGAUGACUGCACUCUAUGUCAAAGUGACAAAAAUGUACGUUACAGUGGAGAAUGUCUUUCUGAGUGUCCCAGCCAAACGUAUCAUGAUGAGACCAGCAAAGAAUGCAAAGAUUGUCCCAGUUCAUGUCUGACCUGCUCAGGCUCUGAGCCUACAUCCUGCCUCACCUGUGCUGAAGGCAGGCAAAAGGAUGCCACUGGACAUUGUGUGUGGUACAGUGAAUGCUCCCCGAGCUCAUACAAGGACCAGAAUGGGAAGUGUCAACAGUGCCAUAAACACUGCCAUGGUUGUAAUGGGCCAGGCAAAGACCACUGCUUAAGCUGUAACAGCCCACACUUCUUACUAGACAACACAUGCGUGCCGCAGUGUCCUGAGGGUUACUACGUUAAGGACCAGGAUGAGCGCUUGUGUGGGCGCUGCCACUUCAGCUGUAAGACGUGUACUGGCCACCACAGUGUGGAGUGUGUCACCUGUAAACCUGGAUUCUUCAAGCAGGGAGAGACCUGCGUCGAAACCUGCUCAGAGGGUCACUUUGGCAACACAGCCACCAUGGUGUGUGAGCGCUGUGACCCGUCCUGUAGCCAGUGUCAGGGUGGUGGUAGCGGAAACUGUCUGAGCUGCAGAAAGGGCUAUGUCUACAUGAAGCAGUGGGGGCAGUGCCUGCAGAGCUGCCCUCCAGGAUACUACCAAGUCAGUCAUUCCAUGAGCUGUCACAAGUGUCACCCUACCUGCAAGACCUGCAACGACAACAGCGCUUUAGCCUGUAAGUCCUGUUAUUUUGGCUACACGUUGAUGGCUACCAUGUGUACCGCCAAGUGUUCAAUAGGCUACUACGAUGCAUCAGAGGACUCAAAGUCAAAGAGCGAGAAACUCAAGUGCAGAGCGUGCCACCCGUCUUGUUUGGGCUGCCGAGGUCCCGGCAUAUGGAACUGCACCAUGUGCCACGCGGGCCAACUCCUCUCUGAUGAUGGCCGCUGCUUGACCUGUUGUGGAAAUGAGAUACGCCACAAAGAACAACAAAUCCCCAGGGAGUGCUGCAACUGCAAGUCAUCACAAUUCGAGUGCAUCUUGGAUGUCAACUUUGUGGUGCUGCAGGGGGAAGCUCAGAGCAGUGGAGCUAAAGUCUUUGCCUUCGUUUGUGUUCUCAUCAUCCUCUCUGUGGGCGGAGUGCUCUUUCUCAUCUUCAAUGCUCGGUCUAAACCCCGUGCCGCGACACCCAAAACCAGAGCUGGAGGGUACCAGAAACUGAGCACCAAGGAAAACACUGCACCACAACCUGCCAGCUCUUCAUUUGGGGAGUACAACGACAGAAUUAUUGACGGUGACGAUGACGAAGAAGAGGAAGAUGAUGAUAUUGUGUACAUGUCACAAGAUGGAACGGUGUAUAAGAAGUUCAAGUAUGGGCUCUUGGAUGAAGAUGAGAUUGAACUAGAGUAUGAUGAUGAGAGCUACUCGUAUAGAUGAAGAGAGCGGACAGGGAUGGUUCUCCGUUUGAUGUUUAUUUUGCAACUUUGUUGUGCAAUGCCUUUUUUUGUAAAAAAAGAAACCGAUCAGUCAUGUUAAUUUAAUCCUUUUUUAAAAAACAAUUUGUAUUCCUUUAGAAAAUAUUUAAUUUCUAACAGUUAAUUAGCUGGUGGGGCAAAGCUAUGUGUGGGAAUGGAAUUAUGGGUAUA